CCAAAUUGUUUUAGUUACUGCUGUUGUGUUGUAAGUGAUGUAUCCUUUCAACUCUGCAUCAAAUUGUGUCACCUGGAAGAGGUACCUUGGAAACUGAAAUAGCACAAACAUGCUUUUGAUGUGGAAGAUGAUAAUGCCUUAAAAGACCUUGCCAUGACCCUACAUAACAUCAACACGUCUUAUGGGACCUGGCAAUGGCCUACACAAUAUAAACAGUAGUACUGCUUUCUAUUUAAUGACUAUUGAUGCAGACUAGAACAGCACAUUGAAGGAAACCGUAGAUCUCAUCCAGGUUCUGCAAUUUGUUGGAGCGACAAACGCUUCCUUUAGAUGUAGAUGAGUUCAGACACAACACAUCUAUACACUAAUUGGCCAGUACUUAUUACCGGCAAGCAUAGAGUCAAGAACUCUUUUGAGUAGAGCCCUCCUCCCCUGUUUGGCCCAUGUGACACAGCUGGACUGAAACUGCAACUCGCACCAUUAAGUUCAGUAUGCAAGGCAGCUCCGUCCGCUGUCUUUUAAAUUGCUCGGUGCUCCAAUGAAAAAAAGAACUCUCUCUAGGUCUCGGUCUCGAUCACGGUCACGUUCAAGAUCUCAAUCUCCACUUUAUAACCGUGAGAAGAAAUACUUCAAAGGAUACCAGAACAACCGUGAGUUCCGGGGCUACCAUCGUGGCUUCCGGAGGCCAUACAACUUCCGAGGCAGAGGACGAGGCUACUUCCCACGUGGACGGUACCAGCGUGGAGGUGGUGGUGGUGGGAGAGGCUAUCAUAAUAAUAAUAAUAAUAAUAACCACAACAACAAUAGUAAUAAUUUCCGUGGCAACUGGAAGAAUUACAAACAGAAUCCACAGAAGCAACAAAAGCAGCACAGUCAAAGCCAGUACAGAGGGCGGCCCCAUCUCCAGAAAUUUUCCGGCAGCCCGUCCCCAGGACACUCUCGCCAGUCUGACCGAUCAGUUUCUCCAUUAUCCAGGCAAUCACAGCAUUCUAAUGCUUCAUCUCACUCCUCUUCUCCCAAAAGUAGGCCAACCUUGUUGCCGGAUAAUCAAAAUUGUAACAAUGUGAAGGAGGAACUUUUGGACUCCAAGGAGGUCCAGAAAGAAGGGGCAGAUGGAGAGCGAAUUGAGGCGGGAGAUGCCAAAGAAGGUCAAAGUGGUGAGGAACGUGAGAGGGACUGGCAAGGUUUGAUGGACUGUAACAGCAGUCCAAAGAGAGCCAGUCCUGUAAAUCCUGCUGUUGUUGCUCUGGAGCACCAAAACUCUGACCAGGCUUGUAACUCCCCUAAAAACACAAAUGACAACAGCAAUGGCUCCCCCUCCUGGCAGCCGGUGUGUAAUUCACCCUCUACAAAAAAACUUUCACAAGAAGCGCUAGAUCAAAUGCUUUCCAGCCUUGACAUCUUCAACAGUGAGGAAUACUCAGAUGGAGAUAAGACUGCUAUCACCAAUGCUUUCAGAAAGUUUUUGAAGGAGCACAAUAAAAAAUCUAAAUCCACUUGGGGAAAUGACAGGAGCAAAGAGGCAAAUGCUAAAGAUACAGAUAAAGUCAAUAUUAAUGGUCAAGCAUUAGCCGGUAUCGCUGGCCGGCUGUCAAAGCGGUACAAAGAAGACACUGAUGACGAAGUGCCUCUAAAUCAUUUGUUGAAAGCUUCUCGCCUGUCUGAUGAUGAAGAGAAGGCGGUGAUAACCAGGCCUCAUUCAAACUCAGUUCAAAAAGACAAGCACAAUGGGGACGACUCCUGUAAUCCAAAGUCGAAGGUCUCUCAGCCAACUGGAGAGCUGUUUGAUGAGUGCUUUGACAAAUGGCACAGUGUUGUAGCUGACAGUGAGCUGAACACAAUGAGAGAGGAGAUGUACACCAGUCACAAGUCAGCUUCUGUUACUGCCGCAAUUGCUCGGCAGGAAAUGGCGGGGGCUUUUGAAGAACUGGGUUGCAAAUCCAGGAAAAUGUCUAAAUCUCCUUCCAUUCCAUCUCCCACACCACCACUGAGGCAGAUGCUUAUGGUCACGGGAGAAGACACGUCUCUGUUGUCCACAAGAAAACCAGAGACAAAGAUUAACAUCAGAAUGGAUUUCCUUGGAGACAGCUUAAUAGGCACGUCGGAGAUUUUAGCUCAGGAGCGACAGCUGUCUCAGGACCUGGUGCAGUCUUCAAAGAGAGGCCAGGAGUUUCACUCCAUCUUUCAACAUGUUCAGGCCACUCCACUGCAGAGAACUCCCUCUGAACUUUUUGCUCAGCACAUUGUUGCUAUCCUACACCACAUCAGAGCUCAGCACUUUGCAUCUUCGAGAAUGACUCUUAACGAGCGCUUCACCAUGUACCAAAGACAGGCUGCGCAGAAGGAAACCAUGAAGCCAAGACAAAGUCCAGAGAUUCACAGGAGAAUUGACGUUUCACCAAGUGCUUUUAAGAAACACUCUCAGGUUUUUGAGGAAAUGAAAAGCUCAGAAGAUGGCACUUACAAGAACGUUGGGGAAAAAAUGAAGGCUGACCCAAUGGACCUACGCUUGGAUAUUGAGCGCCGUAAAAAAUAUUCCAGCCGCGAAACAGAUUACAGCCACAAUCAAGACAUGGGGGUUUCCCCAGACUCUCAUAACAAUAGAGAGAGAUCUGCGGAAAAGUUGUCCUACAGCCACAAGAAACCAAAGAUAAGUGAGAGCAAGGGCUCUCGAUCCAGGUCAUCUUCAUCUUCGUCGUCCUCCAAGUCCCAAAUGGAUGAAUUCCCGAAGUCGGAGCUCAAAGAUGAAAGCUUUAAUAGGGUUCGGCUCGGUCCAAACGAGUCACUUGGACCUGCUGAGAAAGAAGCACCCUGGAGAGGAUUUCAAGUACGAUUUCGUGGAAGGGGCUGGAAGAGGGGGAAUCACCAGGAAAACAGUUCACACUGCAAUCAAGACGUGGUCGUACACCCCAAACAUGAAGACUGGGAUCCAGAUUACCCCCCCAAAAGCAGAACAUACUACUUGCAUGAUGACAGAGACAGUGAGGCAGACUCCAAGUGGAUUGACAACCGAGGGCAAGGACGCGGCAGCUUCACCCGUGGACGAGCGAGAUUUAUCAUACGCAAAGCAAACGUCGGCCCAAAUGUCCAAUGUGCCAAAUGGGCCCACGAUAAGUUCAACCAGGUCAACGGAGAAGAGAAAAGUGGAGAACGGGAAGAUGGGAUGGAUCGGGACCAUAAUGAUGGAAAUACUUGAGGGUCAACAUUGACAUCUUAAGAAUGUUAAACUGUCUUCUUCUGAGUGGAUUACUGUUUCACAUGCUUUGUAUACUCAUGCUGUACUUUUAGGCCGUACUACGUAAGUAAUUGGUGGACUUUUUUUGAAGUGCCAAUCACAUCUGUGCCUUAAAGUAAAUCUUACAAACUAGUUUUUGUUCUGAUUUUAUCGCAUUUGGAUUCAAGCGCAAUCAGCACGCUGUCCUUAUUAUGAUCGUACAAAACAGACGCUGAUGUGACGGGGGACCAAACUGUAAGGGUCAAAAUGUUAGUCUUUCGAUGGGUAAUUUAUCAGAUUUAUAAUAGUAUAGCACAAAGCAAACGAUCUGAACUUUUAUUAUGCUACUCACAAUGUCACAUUUUACUUUUGGAUUUAUCUUCUUCACAGCUUUAGCUAGCUAGCUGUAGGAAAACACUUUAAAUAUAUGCAUCACUUCAUUUGUUGACGGAAAUUCUUGUGUUGCAUUAAGAGAACUUAGAUUUGGUCAUUGUGUGCUAAUGUGUCAACGUUGUCUACAGGUGGAGGAUGAGGUAAAUUAAUACUGCAAAACAUCAGGACUUUAUAUACUUUGAGAAAAACUAAGUACAGCUGCAAAAGCGUCUUAACAUCAUUGUUUACAUCUUGUUUAUGUCACCCGAGUACACCAGCAGACUUGGCAUGCAUACAUUAAAUAUGGUCAAAGAUAUUUAUAAGAAAAAAAUCAGUGAUGCAGUAAUACUGACAUAAAGUGAUGUGCUGUGAUCGUGCUGGAGUUAUGAAACAAUGUCAUUUAAAGUAGUAUUUGCGUUCACCAGGUGUGCUUUGUUUUUGUCCCUAUCUAUUGUGGAGAUACAUGGCUUUUUCACUGCCAAUUGUUCCACCACCUGUGUGUUAGCCAGUAGGGAAUAUUACCCUUUCUUCACGUGUGUUUCUUGUGUUGUUGGAGGACAUGCUAAUUAAUUAAAUGAU